AUGCCGAUGUCAAGUAUAAUUUUACUUCUUUCGGAUAUACUUAUCUUUAAAGAAAUAAAUUGCUAUGGAUAUCAUGGACUUAUUGCGGGCAAUAAAGCUAUUUCCGAUUGUCUCAAUGGUGAGAAAAGUAAAUAUUCAGAUUUGAAUAUGACUCCGUCCGAGUUCAUUCAAGAAAAUGGUUAUCCAGCAGAGGAUCACUUAAUUUUGACUAAAGAUGGAUAUUUAUUGACACUAAAUAGGAUUCCUGGACCUAAAAAUGCUCCCGCUGUAAUUUUGCAGCAUGGAUAUUCCGCCACUUCUUUUGAUUGGGUCAUUCUUGGUAAAAAAAAAGGAUUAGCAUUUUUAUUAGCUAAGGAAGGAUACGACGUUUGGCUGCCUAAUGCAAGAGGCGGAAUUUUUUCAUUAUGUCAUGUCAAUUACACUUCAUCUGAGUAUAGUUUUUGGGACUUCAGUUUUCAUGAAGUUGGAAUGUACGAUUUACCAGCCGUAAUAACUUAUAUUUCAAAAAUCAUAGAUAGUGACAUAUACUUUGUCGGUCAUUCAAUGGGCACAACUUCCUUUUACAUUAUGGGCGUGAGACAGCCUGAAACUGCAUCAAAAGUCAAAGCGAUGUAUAGUUUGGCUCCAGUAGCUUACAUGAAUCACGUUAGGGGUAUUACUCGAUUGGUAACCAAACUUGCCAAUCCGGUUCAAAGCUUAAUUAAGAAGCUAUCAGCUGGAGAAAUUAACGAGCCUGGUCUUUUACAAAAUCUUUUAACGCAAGAACUUUGUGGUAAAUCUUUAGUGAAUAAGCGAGUUUGCUUGUUCUUUAUUUUUAGUGCUGUUGGGUUUAAUUACUCUCAAGUCAAUUAUACUCUUUAUCCUCUACUUUUUGAACUCCAAUCACCACCAUCAUCUUUUAAAACAGCUGUUCAUUACGCUCAAAUUAUAGAUUCCAAAAAAUUCCGAGAAUAUAAUUACGGUAUUAUAGGUAAUUUAAAAAAGUAUCUGGACUUGAUACCACCCGAAUAUGACUUAUCCAAACUACAAGUUCCAAUUGGUUUUUUCUGGGCUGAAAACGAUUACUACUCGAGUCCUCAGGAUGUUCAACGUUUGUACGAUGUGAUACCAAAUAAAAUACUCUACCAUAAAAUAAAAGAUCCAAAAUUUAAUCAUAUAGAUUAUAUAUAUGGAACACAAGCACCAGAAUUAGUAUAUAAAGAGCUUAUAAAUGCUAUUAAAAAUUACCAAAAUAAUAAAUAA